UGUGUCCGCCCGCCGCCCGCCAACCGGGGCUCGGUGACCCUGAGCGUGCCCGCGCCGCGGCCGCCUCCACGCAGAGGCGCGGUGCCGGUCGGCGGAGCAGGCGGCCAUGGGGAGCCUCCGGGGCCUGCGCCUGGCGGCGGGAAGUUUUUUUAGGUUGUGUGAAAGAGAUGUUUCCUCGUCCCUAAGGCUCACCAGAAACACUGAUCUGAAGAGAGGAAACGGAUUUUGCACCAAACCACAGGAAAGUCCAAAAGCUCCAUCCGACUCUUACAGCCACAGGGUGCCAUUACACAAGCCUACAGAGUGGGAGAGGAAGAUCCUGGUAUGGUCAGGUCGCUUCAAAAAGGAAGAAGAGAUCCCAGAGGCUGUCUCGUUUGAGAUGCUCGAUACUGCUAAAAACAAGAUCCGGAUAAAGGUCAGCUAUCUCAUGAUCGCCCUGACACUGGCAGGCUGCGUCGUCAUGAUUGCUGAGGGAAAGAAGGCCAUCAAAAGACAAGAGUCUUUAACAAGUGUGAACUUAGAAAAGAAAGCUCACCUGAGAGAGGAAGCAGCAACGAAGGCCAAAGCAGAGUAGAAGUACCCACAGUGCCUGGCUUCUGAAAGCCCAGGAGUGGCGGUGCAGCGAUAAGCCCGGGUCGCAGAGGCGGCGUGAGGAUGCAUCUCACAGAAGUGGUGUUGGCACAGACUUACCUGUUUCUGCUCUAGAGGUGCAAAUAAAUUUCCUUAAAGAAUAA